AUCCGGACACUUUAAGUCUUUUCAAGACGGCAAGUAUUACAAGGACAAUAAGUUACUGGGACAGCAAAACAUAUGCAUAAGUUUGGCAUUGUAUAUCGAUGAUUUUGAAAUUUGCAACCCUCUGGGUACAUCUAGAAAACUUCAUAAAAUAACUGCAGUAUAUUGGGUUGUUCUAAAUUUACCAGCCAAAUACCGUUCAAGUCUCACUUCAAUACAAUUAGCUCUCUUUGGUAAAAGUGAGGAUGUCAAACAACAUGGUUAUGAAAAGUUUCUAGAGCCAUUGAUCAAAGAUAUACAGUGUCUAGAACAAGAAGGAAUCUUUGUUGAAAUUUUAGGUCAGUUUGUUAAGGGUGCAAUAUUUUGUGUGUCUGCAGAUAACCUUGGAGCACAUAGUCUUGCAGGCUUCUUUGAAAGUUUUAAUGUUGAAAAGUUCUGUCGGUUUUGUUUGAUAAGUCGGGACCAAAUUGCAACCACUGAAGUGAAUGAUUUUCAAUUGAGGGAUAUUGAUGAACAUGACACCUUUUUGGAAGAGCUUAGGCAAAAUGACAACCUCCAAAGCAUUAAUGGGGUGAAACGGGAAUGUGUUCUGAGCCAACAUCUGGCGUUCUUUCAUCCAGUCACUGGAUUUCCUCCAGAUGUCUUGCAUGACCUUUUUGAAGGUGUCAUACCUGUCGAAUUGUCUUUGUGUUUAAAAAAGCUGAUCUCAAAACGCUUCUUUACAUUUGAUGCAUUAAACGACUGCAUUAAAUCAUUCCCAUACAAGGACUCGGACAAAGUUAACAAACCACAAAAAAUUCCAAGAGCAAGCUUUGUUAAAGGAACUGUUGGUGGUAACGGACAUGAAAAUUGGACUCUAAUGCGCCUACUUCCUUUUAUAAUUGGAUGUAAGAUACCAGAACAGGAGCCUGCAUGGGAGAUUUUAAUGGACCUUAAGGAAAUUGUUGACAUUGUUGUGUCUAACAGACUCUCAGAGGAAGCAUUGUGUUAUUUAUCCUGUAAACUACUGGAUCAUCGCAAGUUGCUCACAACUACCUUUCCGGACUUCAGAUUGAGGCCAAAACAUCACUUCAUAGACCACUACCCACAUCUCAUUCGCUGCUAUGGGCCUUUAACGGAGUUGUGGACGAUGAGGUUCGAAGCUAAGCAUAGCUUCUUUAAAAAAGUUAUCCACGACACUCACAAUUGGAAAAAUGUGCUGCUCACUCUUUCCUCAAAGCACCAGCAAAUGAUGGCCUACCAUCUGGAUAAUGAGAACCUUUUCAAGACAAAACUGUAUGUUGAAAAGGUGAAAGUCAUCAGGGUCUCCGAAUUGGAUCCACUACGAAAGUGUGCAAUACAAAAGAAGUACCCACAUCUAGACAGUGUGUCUCUGUCCAAAUCUGUUCACCUGCAUGGAACACAGUAUGCGGAGGGCAUGAUUUUAGCUGCUGGGCAGUGCAGUGGCCUCCCAGAAUUCCAUAAGAUUGUGACUGUUCUUGUCAACUCCAAUGAUGUGACAUUCAUUUGUAAAUUACUUUCAUCCUGGUACAUUGAACAUCUAAGGUCUUACGAGCUUGUUGAACCCCACUGUUCAGAAUUAGUGGCCCUUGAUCCAGAUGUGCUGACAGAUUACCGCCCUCUUACAGCGUACAAAGUUGGUGGAAAGCUGAUGGUCACCACAAGAUCAUUCAUUCUCCAUUAAAUAAGCCAAAAAUGACUUUGUUACUUCGGGUCGUUGUCUCCUCCAAAAAUGCCAGAAGAAUCCAGCUUUUCGAAGUACCGGAAUCUGUGAACAAUCUGAUAGAAAUACUAAGAGAGAGAUUAGAACUUGAAAGUGACUUCUCACUACAGUUUGAGGACCCAGAGUUUGGAAAUGCACUAUGCAACUUGACAUCAAUGUCUGAGUUACCAGCUGAGCGUGCAGUCUUGCAUAUUGUGUGGGACAGGGAUUCAUCUGUUAACCAGUCCUCUAUUGCUUCAGUCUCCUCUCUGGAUACAGCCAGUGUUCACUCUGAAGAUUUCCGGGAUAGGUCUCCAGAUAUCCAGAGCAAUUUAAGGCAUGUUGCUAAGUGGCCCAUUCCGUUUCCUAUCCCCAAGUUUAAACAGGAUGUUGAACUGAAAUUGCGUAAAGGCAAUGCAACAUAUGAAAAGUCCAACAAGGGCUUUGAUUUGACAAGAGACAUCAAAAUGGAAAUCUUGGAUAAAAUCGCACAGGCGAUUGUUGAAAUCAAAAGCUACCCUGAGAAAGCGGAAAUUGAAUCAGUUGCCUCUUCACUGGUCCUCAAGUAUCCGUGCCUGAAGGAGCCAGGUAGCAUCACAGGCUACGAUGGUUGGAAAACGAGCAUAAAGUACAAGCUCGGAAACUUCAGGUCAAAGCUGCGCGAGGCGGGCUGUAAUGAAGUGGAUGUUAACAGGAAAAGAAAAGCAGGAGAUGAGGAUGACACUCCAUUCACCCUGAAAAGGCCCAAACGUGGAGAGGUCAACCAUGUUCCAGAUUAUCCACAACACCAUGACGAUUCUACUCUUGAAGGGGAAAGAGUUGCUCUGGUCGAUGAAACGAAAAAGAAAAAAAAGAACACGACAUUGAUACGGCAGAAGAUGGAGCUGACAUUUUCCCUUAGGCGGAGAGAGGUAGUAGAGGUGCAGCCUAUGGUAUCGGAGGUCCAGCAGAGAUGGCCUGCACUGUUUUCCUGUGAAGAGAUAUCUGAAGAAUUUCGUCGAAUCACCAGCAAAGACCUCCUGGAGACUUUCAAUGCGUCCCUUGACAAAUAUGUUCCUCGCCUGCUCAGACUGUACCGGACAAGAAAGGGAGCUUUUGGGCAGCAAAUGGAAGACAUCCUGGAUAAGCUUGAUGAACAGACAUCAGACAUUCUGUCUCACCGAAAGACUGCAGCACUGAGAUGCCUCCCUGUUUUUGUCCGGGAUGACACAACCAAGUUUUUCCUGCAGCCUUUGGAAACUGACCCUGACGAAAGAGUGCUCAGAGGCGUGUCUGUGGGUCUCCUUGCUGUCUGUGAAGAAGAUGAUCCUGCUGUUUCACCAAACGUGCGGGACUGGGCUGUUGUGUUGGAAGGUUCCAUCGUGCUACCUGACCUGCCAGACCUCGGCACUGCCUUUGCAUACCUCUUUGGCCUACUGUAUGCAAUGAACAUUGAUUAUCCGAAGGAGAUGAGGUACACCUUUGAAGCAAUUCAGACCAUCUUUUUCGAACUUGGCUCUCAGUGCUCCCAGCGCACAAGGUCUCUGAAAACAAAGCUUUUGCUGUGACUCUUAAUGUGGAGGCCAACCUUUUGUUUUAUGCCUGUUCUAGUGCAUUGUGGUUGGUGCUUGUAAAUAUUCACAGCCAGUGAUUUAAAAAGUCCUCACGGAAAACUUUAAAUAAUAUAUUUUUAUUUUCAAAAUUGUUUCGGGCACCAGUUUGCAAGAGGUGCAUAUAUCAACUGUUCAAGUUUGUGAUUGUUUUAGUAACACCUCCGUGUCUGUACACGCUUGCAUGUGUUCUCAUUUUAAGCAUGCCAUUCUCCUCUGCCUGUGAUAAAGAAAUGUGUGGGAUUAUCGGUUGCCAGUCCACAAAGCUCUGGAUUCUCAUUGGUUUUGUU